CCGCCCGUCCGCUCCUGCCUUCAAUACCACCCCGCAACAGUUUUCCAACACGAUUACUCCUCCCUCUCACAUUUCAUUCGGAUCGGCAGUGAGACACUAUAGGUGAGUGUUUUAUUAGCAGUGGACACUCAAUUCGCGCUCGAUGAAAAUCCCCAGCAACAUGCUGCCCUAUCAUUCUUCCAUCACGAUUAAUAAUAUGUAUUAAUAAUAUGUCUCCGCGACACUACCUGAGCUAAGCAUGGUCAUAUAUACAGAAAGCCAAUUGCCCCGGUGGCUAGAGAUCGUGACAACAAUCGCUCACUUUUUCAGCAGUCGAUUUUCUUGUGCUUCUCCCUGAUUAAUACACGAGGAUGGCUUUUUCCAACAAGCCUGUACACUUUUUCGACAUAACAUGUAGCCUUGACGGGCCACGGAAAUCAUGGUCACCAAACACUCUCAAGACCCGUACAGUCCUCAAUUACAAAGGGAUCAAGUACACACAGUCAUGGGUGUCGUACCCUGACAUUGCUGCUUUGUCUGAAGGACUCAAGAUGCCGCCUACAGGCACGACAAUAAAGUAUACACUUCCAGCUAUUGUACAUAAAGCCUCGAUCACGUCCAACCCUUACGGCGCCUUGAACGACUCGCUUCCGAUCGCGCUCCAUUUGGAGAAGACAUUUCCAGCACCAAAAUACCCUUCCAUAUUUCCCAAUGGGCAAGCAAGCUAUGCACUUGCAGUUGCUACUAGAAAGCUUCUAAAUGCCGCUUUUGACAAAACUCACAUUAUCGUUCUCCCAAAGGUUCAGGCCAUGCUUGAUGACCGGGGAGCCCAAUACUUCCACGAGACCCGUUUACCGAACUAUAGAAAAAGAUUCGGAAACAUCAACAGCCUAUCUGAAGUUUUACCCAAGAACGACGAAGAAUAUGAGGCUAUCUGGGCGGCGACACAAAAGGAGCUCGUGAUCUUCACUGAGAUGUUGACUGGUGAGGGAAGUAUUCAAGGGCCUUUCCUAGAAGGCGAGAAACCCGGCUACGCGGAUUUUAUUCUUGCCUCUUGGCUAGCUUGGCAUGAGCGAGCAUGUCCAAAGACCUUUGAAGCUCUGCUGAAUACGGGAAAUGGGUCGCUUCGUAAGCACUGGGUGGCGUCUCUUCCUUACUUGGACGGGCAAGGCGAGGAUAAGGAAUGGGCUCAAUCUGAGAUCUAGAAAUAUUUAAAUACUCAAUUGAAAAUAUCUUACAAGCUAUACGAUGCUUUCUCAGCACAGCUAUAACAAUAAAAUAUGGCUGUGCUUCGUAGGCUUCUAAGCGUACAAUGAAUAUACUUUACAGCCCACGCAAGAAGUUAGCCUCGCGAAUGCCCUUCCUCCUGGAUUCUCUAGCGCUCUUUGUAAUUUCCUCCCUCUUCUGCAG